AACGAGCGCGCGCUUGUUUGUUUUCGGUACAGACUUUCGUGUCGAAAUAUAUUUCAUUCAAACUUUUCCGUCUAAUUAUAUUUUGUUAGUUAUUUGUUACGCUGUUAUCAUCAUGAAUAAAACCAAGGACAAGUUGAACAGUUCUAACACGCUACUUAAUUACUUCGCCAAGUCACCGGGGACACCAAAACUCAAACUACAAUCUUCCUCGUCGAGCUCGGUAAAAAAGCCGGCUGCUGCCGGAAGUACUAGCAGUGCAAGCUCGAAAGAUUUAGUUCGAUCCUUCGGUACGGCAAACAAAAAGAAGGAAGUGGACAGCGACGAUGAAGGAAUCAAACCAAUGAAACGGCGUCGGAUUGUCAUGAAUGAUAGUUCGGAUGAUUCGGAUACCGAGAACCAUGCUAAAAAUGAUAGAACCCCUCCAAAAGUAGAGUUGUCAUCAUUCCAGCGUAUUGAACAAGCUGAUUCGCCGGCACAAAAGAAAGUUAAGCUUGAUAAGGCGGAAAAUCUAAACGACGAGAAAGAUAUGCUAGAGGAAACAGCGACUGAUAGUACUCCUGCACUAGACGAACCAAUUGUAUGGGCUCACCAAAAACUGGACUUUUUGAAACCGGAGAAAAUUAAGGACAUUCAGGGAAACAAAUUGGGAAGUGAAAAAUAUGAUUCGAGAACUUUGUAUGUACCAGAAUCACACUUAAAUACCUUGACACCGGCUAUGCGGCAAUGGUGGGAAAUAAAAUCUCGACACAUGGAUUGUGUACUGUUCUUCAAAGUUGGAAAAUUUUACGAGUUAUACCACAUGGAUGCAACGGUUGGAGUGAAGGAGCUAGGAUUUUCCUACAUGAAAGGCGAUUUUGCUCAUUCCGGGUUUCCGGAGACUGCGUACGACCGAAUGGCCACCUCACUGAUAGAGAAAGGAUACAAAGUAGCACGGGUAGAACAAACCGAAACACCCGAGAUGAUGCAAGAACGGUGCAAGCGAACUAAAUCCAAUAGCAAAUAUGACAAAGUUGUAAAACGAGAGGUUUGUCAGGUGUCCCUCAAAGGAACGGAGGUAUUCGGUCAACAAGUGCAGAUGUCGUACCAUCAUCAGCCUAGAUACAUGCUGACUUUAACGGAAUGUUUCAAAUCUAAAACUGGUGGUCGGUACGGGGUGUGUUUUAUCGAUACAUCAUUGGGAACGUUUCAUCUGGGGGAAUUCAAGGAUGAUACACAUGGGUCUCGUCUACUCACGCUACUAUCACACCAUACACCCGUUUUAGUGCUGCAUGAGCGAAGCACUCAAUCGUCGGGAACUCAACAGAUAUUUAAAACCGCACUUGCCGAAAUUCGAAAGGAAGCUCUGACUGGUGAAUCUCAGUUUUGGUCAGGGGAAAAAACUCUCAAGUAUUUAGCGGAGAAUUUCUAUGGAAAUUUCAGUGAUGACAAGUGGCCACCAAUUUUCCGAUCGUUGAUCGACGAAAAUGAUCACUUAGGUCUUACACCGAAUGAAGGCUUUAAGCUGGCACUGAAAGCGCUCGGAGGUAGCAUCUGGUAUCUAAAGCAAUGCCUGUUGGAUCAGCAAAUUAUUUCAUUGGCUAGUUUUGAAUUUUACAUUCCUCCGGAUGAUGUUGAAACACUAAAGGAUCUGAAGGUUGUUAACUUCAAUAGAUUCAUGGUUUUGGAUUCUGUCACCCUCAGUAAUCUGCGGAUUGUCGAAGGAGAAAAUUCUUUGAUUGAUAAAUUGGACCAUUGCUGCACUAAGUUCGGCAAACGACUGCUACAUCACUGGGUAUGUUCACCUAGCUGUGAACGGGAGGUGAUUGUUGAACGACAAGAAGCCAUAACGGAGUUGUUGGAGGACAUUACGUUACUUCAAAGUGUGCGACAGAUUCUUGGUGAGUUGCCGGAUUUGGAGCGAAUGCUGGCACAGAUUCAUACAUUCGGGAAUGCCGAACGAAGCAAGGACCAUCCCGAUGGAAGGGCCAUACUGUACGAGGAGAAAACCUACGGCAAAAAGAAGAUCCACGAUUUUAUCAGUACCCUGAAAGGAUUCAAGUCGUUAACAAAUUUGCCCAAUCUAUUUGCUAACGUGUCUUCAAAACUUCUUAUAAAAUUGACGCAAACGGCCAAGGGUGGUGGAUCAUUUCCUAACAUGGUAGAUAAAAUCAACUUUUUCGAGCAGGCUUUCGAUCACGAAGAAGCAUUAACAGAUGGAGUGAUUGCUCCGGAGAAAGGUCUCGAUGCCGAGUAUGAUGCCGUCGAGCAGGAAAUUAAUGAGAUUAAGGAGGAAUUGGAGGAAUAUAAAUGUGAGCAAGAAAAUUAUUUUGGUUGCAGAAUAGCUUAUCACGGAACGGACAAAAAACGUUUUCAGUUGGAAAUUCCGGAAGAAUCGGCAAGGAAAGCUAACAGCCGAUAUAGCCUAGAAGGACAGAGAAAGGGCAAAAAUGGGGUCAAACGAUUCCACACGGAUGAGACACGAGAUUUUUUGAAGCGUAUGAUGCAAGCUGAAGAUCAGCGUAAGAAAGUGUUAAAGGAUUUAGCGCGAAGAAUAUUUGAAAAGUUUUCCAGUAGCUAUGAGCUGUGGAAAGCAUGCAUUGAUUUGACCGGUACGCUGGAUGUGCUGACCGCCCUAGCAGAAUAUGCCCGCAGUGAGGGCAAUACGUGCGUACCCGAGAUUCUGACUGACGAAAACGAUCAAAUUCUGGAGCUGGAAGAUGGAAUUCAUCCUUGCGUCAGUGACACAGAAAAUUAUAUACCAAACGGUAUCUGCCUUGGAUCAAAUGAAGCGCGCCUGGUUCUGUUAACUGGACCAAACAUGGGUGGAAAAAGCACUCUCAUGAGACAGGUUGGCGUUUUGGCUGUAAUGGCUCAAAUCGGAUCCAGGAUUCCGGCUACGAGCUGCCGCAUGACCCUAAUUGACAGGAUUUUUACUCGACUAGGAGCAAAUGACGAUAUAAUGGCCGGACAUAGCACCUUCUUGGUGGAAUUGAACGAAACAUCGAUCAUAUUGAAACACGUAACCGAAAGGAGUCUAGUUUUGUUGGAUGAACUUGGUCGAGGAACUGCCACCUACGAUGGCACAUCGAUUGCAGGAGCUGUUGUGAAUUUCCUAGCCAACCAGAAAUGUCGAACUAUGUUUUCCACACAUUAUCACAACCUGGUUGAUAACUUCACUGGAGACAAACGAAUCAGUUUAGGUCACAUGGCUUGUAUGGUAGAAAACGAAGACGAUGAAGAUCCUACACAGGAAACUGUUACAUUCCUCUACAAAUAUUCGAGCGGAGCCUGCCCGAAAUCAUAUGGUUUCAACGCAGCUAAAUUAGCAGAUAUGCCACAUUGCAUCAUCAAACGUGCUCACGAGAUAUCCAAAACAGUCGAAGCCGAAGCACUGAAACGUAAAAUAUUCACCAAAUCGCUCCUUCAGGCCAAUCCCAGUGAAGUGACGGAAUUAUUACGGAAACUCAAAGCGUGCCAUUUCUAAAGCAACUUUUAUGCUCUCAAUCAAUCUGGGUGAGAAAUUUCACCGAUAAAUUUAUUAUUGCAUAGCAGUUAUUCGUAUACGAUGUUACUCUUCCUCUGGUAAAAAAAACUGUUAAUAAACAUCUUACUGGCAUUGUAUAAUGUUAUGUGACA